CGUCAAGGCAAAAAAAUGUCAAACGUCAAACAUUUUGAUCCAAAAUAAACAAGAAGUCAAAUGUGAUACGUGAUUAUUAUAUUAUAAUUUUAUUGUGCUGAUAAUACAUUAUUCCAUUUGUAAACCUACAAAUAUUCUUUGCCUGAAGAAAUUCAAUAUAUAUAUCUGUAUAAAUCAUGUCCUACCAAUUAUACAGGAAUACAACUUUGGGACACACUCUACAAGAAAGUUUGGAUGAGCUGAUCCAGUAUGGACAAAUUACUCCACAAUUAGCUUGUAAAGUACUAUUACAGUUUGAUAAAUCCAUUAACCAGACUCUGGCCACUAGAGUUAAAGCAAGAUUAACUUUUAAAGCAGGAAAACUCAAUACCUACAGAUUCUGUGACAAUGUGUGGACAUUCAUGCUCAAUGAUGUAGAGUUUAGGGAAGUUCAAGAGAUUACAAAAAUUGAUAAAGUGAAGAUUGUUGCAUGUGAUGGAAAGAAUCUUGCUGAUGAAGGAAGUUCAAAAAAGUAAUAGUGAGGAUCUCAUGUAUCUUGUGUGAUUUUGUAAAUAGACUUUAUUUUAUGCUUCAUGUGUUUUUUAAUUUCAAUAUCUAAUAACUAUCCAGCAUUGUCCUAUGUUUUUUGUUAUAUUAAGUUUCAUUG